GGCCUUGGGCUUGGGCGAAGGCGAGGAUGCGGGAAAUCGUCCACAUCCAGAUUGGCCAGUGCGGGAACCAGAUCGGAGCCAAGUUCUGGGAGGUGAUCGGCGAGGAGCAUGGCAUCGACCCUCUGGGGAGCUACGUCGGGGACUGCGCCCUGCAGCUGGAGCGCAUCAGCGUGUACUACAACGAGGCGCACGGCCGGAAGUAUGUGCCCCGAGCCGUGCUGGUGGACCUGGAGCCCGGGACCAUGGACAGCAUCCGGUCCAGCAAGCUGGGUGCCCUCUUCCAGCCUGACAGCUUUGUCCACGGUAACUCUGGAGCCGGCAACAACUGGGCCAAGGGCCACUACACGGAGGGCGCAGAGCUGGUGGACAGUGUGCUGGACGUGGUGCGGCGGGAGGCGGAGGCCUGCGACUGCCUGCAGGGCUUCCAGGCCGUGCACUCACUGGGCGGGGGCACGGGCUCGGGCCUGGGCACGCUGCUCAUGAGCAAGGUCCGCGAGGAGUACCCCGACCGCAUCCUCAACGCCUUCAGCGUCAUGCCCUCGCCCAAGGUGUCGGACACGGUGGUGGAGCCCUACAACGCCGUGCUGUCCGUGCACCAGCUCAUCGAGAACGCCGACGCCUGCUUCUGCAUCGACAACGAGGCGCUCUACGACAUCUGCUUCCGCACGCUCAAGCUCAGCACGCCCGCCUACGGCGACCUCAACCACCUGGUGUCGCUCACCAUGAGCGGCGUCACCACCUCCCUGCGCUUCCCCGGCCAGCUCAACGCCGACCUGCGCAAGCUGGCCGUGAACAUGGUGCCCUUCCCGCGCCUGCACUUCUUCAUGCCCGGCUUCGCGCCGCUCACGGCCCAGGGCAGCCAGCAGUACCGCGCCCUGUCGGUGGCCGAGCUCACCCAGCAGAUGUUCGACGCCCGCAAUGCCAUGGCCGCCUGCGACCCACGCCGCGGCCGCUACCUCACCGUAGCCUGCAUCUUCCGCGGCCGCAUGUCCAUGAAGGAGGUGGACGAGCAGAUGCUGAGCGUGCAGAGCCGGAACAGCAGCUGCUUCGUGGAGUGGAUCCCCAACAACGUGAAGGUGGCCGUGUGCGACAUCCCCCCGCGGGGGCUGGCCAUGGCGGCCACCUUCAUCGGCAACAGCACGGCCAUCCAGGAGCUGUUCUCCCGGGUGUCCGAGCAGUUCUCGGCCAUGUUCAAGAGGAAGGCCUUCGUGCACUGGUACACGGGCGAGGGCAUGGACGUGGGCGAGUUCGCAGAAGCCGAGGCCAACGUCCAUGACCUGGUGUCCGAGUACCAGCAGUUCCAAGACGCCAGAGCCGCAGACGGCCACGGAGAGGCCUUGGGGGAGGCCGAGUUGGAAGCGGCCGAGUGA